AGCAGCAUCGGGAGUCACCGGGGAGCUCCCAAUGGAGCCAGUGUGAAGAGUCAGCGAGUGUCCAGGGGUGCAGCCCCCCUGCGCUGUCCCAUCCAUGUACCUGUGCUGAGGACCUGGUGCUGCUGGAAGGAAGCCGAGGGCUGCAAUAAGGGGGGAGCUUAAUCAAAGGGGACUUUUUUUUUCUUUUCAUUGUUUUUGGGGGGGAGGGGGGAGGGAGAGAGAAGAAAGAGAGGGUUGCAGUAGAUCAAGGGAGAGACAUGGAUGAAGAUAAUGUGGCCAGCAGCGACGAGCAGCCCCUGAGUUUGCAGAAAGCCCUGCAGCAGUGCGAGUUGGUCCAAAACAUGAUAGACAUCAGCAUCUCCAACCUGGAGGGACUCAGGACCAAGUGUGCCACCUCCAACGACUUGACCCAGAAAGAGAUCAGGACACUGGAGAGCAAACUGGUGAAGUACUUCAGCCGACAGCUGUCCUGCAAAAGGAAGGUAGCACUACAGGAGCGAAAUGCAGAGCUUGAAGGGUUCCCGCAGCUCAUGCACUGGUUCAGGAUUGUCAACAUCCGCAAAGAAGUAAUGGAGGAAAUUGAUCCUGGGCAGCUGACCUUAGAAGAGCUUCUGGACAAGAGCGAUGAUCAGGUGUGCAAGACCCUAGAAAAGUUUGGUGCCAGUAGUCAGGAAUGUGAUCGACUUAACGCAUCUCUCUCAUGUCUAAGGAGUGUCCAUAAAUCAGGAAGCAGUCUUUCAAAGCAAGAUUGGGCCAUCCAGUGGCCAGCAACAGAAUCAGGGAAGGAAAAUAAUCCUGUCACCCAGCAAGAGACUGCCCAGUGGAUACGGACCCACCUGAGCCCUACAGUACAGUCUAAAUGCAUACAGCACUACUGCCAUUUGCCAGUGGCUCAUGGGCCCAUGUAUACAAAUGUUGACAGAUUGACUGUUGAAGCCUACCCGGGCUUGUACCAACUUUCUGAGACUGGGCAUCGAUCAUUGCCACCAUCUCCACGCCAGAGGCACACAGCACACAAUAACCCACCACGAACACCCAACAUAGUGACGACUAUGACACCUCCUGCUACACCCCCCAUGAGACGGAAGAACAAACUAAAACCCCCAGGCACCCCUCCUCCUUCAUCCCGAAAACUCAUUCACCUCAUUCCCGGAUUUACUUCUCUGCACCGAAGCAAGUCCCAUGAGUUCCAAGUAGGGCAUCGUGUGGAUGAAUCUCAUACUCCCAAAGCAAAGAAAAAGAACAAGCCUCUGAACCUCAAGAUUCACAACAGUGUGGGCAGCUGUGAGAAUAUCCCAUCACAGCGCUCCCCCCUCCUGUCCGAACGAUCCCUACGUUCUUUCUUUGUGGGCUACCCGUCUGUCCUUCCUUCUACUCCCCCUGUCCAUACUGAACCUUCUUCUGCAAAUACACUUUCAGUACCUCAUUGGUCCCCACAGAUUCCACGCAGAGAUCUGGGAAAUUCCAUCAAACACAGGUUCUCAACCAAGUACUGGAUGUCUCAGACCUGCACUGUGUGUGGAAAGGGAAUGUUAUUUGGACUGAAGUGUAAAAACUGCAAGUUAAAGUGCCACAAUAAAUGCACCAAAGAGGCUCCACCUUGUCAUCUACUAAUCAUACACCGUGGAGCAAGAUUAGUCAGGACUGAAUCUGUACCAUGUGACAUCAAUAACCCUUUACGAAGACCUCCCCGCUACUCAGACCUCCAUGUUAGUCAAACGCUCCCUAAAACCAACAAAAUUAACAAGGACCAUAUUCCAGUGCCCUACCAGCCAGAUUCCAGCAGCAAUCCUUCCUCUACAACAUCCUCCACACCGUCCUCACCUGCUCCUCCUCUUCCUCCCAGCGCAACCCCACCCUCUCCUCUCCACCCAUCCCCACAAUGCACCCGCCAGCAGAAGCCGUUCAACUUACCAGGGUCCAACAGCACAUCACAUCCAUGUACCUUAUCUUUACUACAAGGCUCCCACUACUACAAAUACAAACAGCAAUUCAUAUUCCCAGAUGUUGUGCCUGAAAUACCAACCCGAGCUCCCCAAGUAAUCCUUCAUCCAGUAAACUCUAACCCAAUUAAUGAAGGAAAUCCAUUACUUCAAAUUGAAGUUGAACCAACGUCUGAGAAUGAAGAUGGCAAUGAACGAGCAGAAGAGUCUGAGGAUGACUUUGAGGAAAUGAACCACUUAUUGCUUUCAGCCAGGAACUUUCCACGUAAAGCCAGUCAGACCAGCAUAUUUUUGCAAGAGUGGGAUAUUCCAUUUGAACAGCUAGAAAUUGGGGAAAUGAUUGGUAAAGGCCGAUUUAGUUUGGUUUACCAUGGACGAUGGCAUGGGGAAGUGGCCAUUAGGCUCAUUGACAUUGAGAGAGACAAUGAGGACCAGCUGAAGGCUUUCAAGCGGGAAGUAAUGGCUUACAGACAAACACGGCAUGAAAAUGUGGUUCUCUUCAUGGGUGCGUGUAUGAGCCCACCACAUCUAGCAAUUAUCACCAGCCUUUGUAAGGGGAGGACACUCUACUCAGUGGUCCGGGAUGCAAAAAUUGUCCUAGAUGUCAACAAAACCAGACAGAUAGCACAAGAGAUUGUAAAGGGAAUGGGAUACCUGCAUGCCAAGGGGAUUCUGCACAAGGACCUCAAGUCAAAAAAUGUUUUCUACGACAAUGGCAAAGUGGUCAUCACUGACUUUGGUCUCUUCAGUAUAUCUGGUGUGCUGCAGGCUGGAAGGCGGGAGGACAAACUCCGAAUCCAUAAUGGUUGGCUGUGCCACCUGGCUCCAGAAAUCAUUUGCCAGUUGUCUCCUGACACCGAGGAAGAUAAGCUUCCAUUCUCAAAGCACUCUGAUGUAUUUGCACUGGGGACAAUUUGGUAUGAGCUGCAUGCAAGAGAGUGGCCUUUCAAAAGCCAGCCAGCUGAAGCAAUUAUAUGGCAAGUGGGAUCAGGGAUGAAGCCAAAUCUGGCCCAGAUUGGAAUGGGAAAGGAGAUCUCGGACAUUCUGAUGUUCUGCUGGGCGUUUGAACAAGAAGAAAGGCCAACUUUCAUUAAACUAAUGGAGAUGCUGGAGAAACUGCCAAAGCGGAAUAGACGCCUUUCCCAUCCUGGGCACUUCUGGAAGUCAGCAGAGUAA